UGCUUUCCAAAAUGUUCCUAAGUAUCUUAAGUAUGACUCACGCUUAAAAACCAAGCCCCGCCCACUCCCCCUCUCUGUUUCCUGUUCAAAGUUUACUUUCUCUUUCUGUAUCAGUCGUGGCGCCGUUUUGUUUUUCUCCGCCUGAACCUCCAGCUGAAGAUGAAAGAGUGUGUGUGAGUUGAGCAGCAUGAAUCACUGGGAGGACAAAGAGGGACUCCUUCCCACGAAAACCACUCUCUGUGGGGAGUAUAAUAGACGCACCAAAGCUCUGAGCUUAGAGCAGCAGCCGAUACCAGACGAACCUGGACCUGAACCCAGUUGUGUGUCCGUCAAGAGCGACUGGUCAAAUGGACGUCUCAUCGAUUUUAGACCACAGCAACCCUCUGCUGCAAACAGGAUCCAUUCAGACUCACCUGCGCCCAGCUGUAUGUCCUUCAAGAGCAACCGGUCAAAGCUUGAACCUAUCACGUUUAGAGAUGGACCUGAACAACAAGUGGACCAGGAGGGCUUAGAGGUUCCCUGUAGUCCGUCUACCCAGCAGCAUCAGGCACACCUGGACUCCAUAAUUAUGCUGCUGGAGGAGAACAUUGUUACUUUUGUGAAGAAUGAGCUGAAGAAGAUCCAGAAGGUUCUGAGAUCAGAUUACCCAGAAUGCUCAGAGAGUCAGUGGGAGGAUGAGGGGGUGUUGGACAGUGAGGAUGAAGAGCAGAGGAGGAGCAGCAGAGAGGCGUUCCUGAAGAUUUCUCUGCACUUCCUGAGGAAAAUGAAGCAAGAGGAGCUGGCUGACCGCCUGCAAAGAAGAACUAAUGCUCCAAUAUGCCGACGUAAACUUAAAUAUAACCUGCAAAAGAAGUUCGAGUGUGUGUUUGAAGGGAUCGCUAAAGCAGGAAACCCUACCCUUCUGAACCAGAUCUACACAGAGCUGUACAUCACAGAGGGAGGGACUGCAGAGGUCAAUGAUGAACAUGAGGUCAGACGGAUUGAAUCAGCAUCCAGGAAACCAGACAGACCAGAAACAACCAUCAGACAAGAAGACAUCUUUAAAGCCUUACCUGGGAAAGACGAACCAGUCAGAACAGUGAUGACAAAGGGUGUUGCUGGAAUCGGGAAAACAGUCCUAACACAGAAGUUCACUCUGGACUGGGCUGAAGACAAAGCCAACCAGGACAUCCAGUUUACAUUUCCAUUCACUUUCAGAGAGCUGAAUGUGCUGAAAGAAAAAAAGUUCAGCCUGGUAGAACUUGUUCAUCACUUCUUCACUGAAACCAAAGAAGCUGGAAUCUGCAGGUUUGAAGACUUCCAGGUCGUGUUCAUCUUUGAUGGUCUGGAUGAGUGUCGACUUCCUCUGGACUUCCACAACAACGAGAUCCUGACUGACGUCACAGAGUCCACCUCAAUGGAUGUGCUGCUGACAAACCUCAUCAGGGGGAAACUGCUUCCCUCCGCUCGCCUCUGGAUAACCACAAGACCUGCAGCAGCCAAUCAGAUCCCUCCUGAGUGUGUUGGCAUAGUGACAGAAGUCAGAGGAUUCACUGACCCACAGAAGGAGGAGUACUUCAAGAAGAGGUUCAGAGAUAAAGAGCAGGCCAACCGAAUCAUCACCCACAUCAAGACAUCCAGAAGCCUCCACAUCAUGUGCCACAUCCCAGUCUUCUGCUGGAUCACUGCUACAGUUCUGGAGGACGUGUUGAAGACCAAAGAGGAAGGAGAGCUUCCCAAGACCCUGACUGAGAUGUAUAUCCAUUUCCUGGUGGUUCAGACCAAACUGAAGAACAUCAAGUAUGAUGGAGGAGCUGAGACAGAUUCACACUGGAGUCAAAAGAGCAGGCGGAUGAUUGAGUCUCUUGGAAAACUGGCUUUUGAGCAGCUGCAGAAAGGCAACCUGAUCUUCUAUGAGUCCGACCUGACAGAGUGUGGCAUCAAUAUCAGAGCAGCCUCAGUGUACUCAGGAGUGUUCACACAGAUCUUUAAAGAGGAAAGAGGACUGUACCAGGACAAGAUGUUCUGCUUCGUCCAUCUGAGUGUUCAGGAGUUUCUGGCUGCUCUUCACGUCCAUCUGACCUUCAUCAACUCUGGAGUCAAUCUGCUGUCGAAAAAACAAUCGACAUACAAGUCUGAAAAGAGGAAACACAAAGCUGGACUAAAAUAUCUCCACCAGAGUGCUGUGGACGAGGCCCUGCAGAGUCGAACUGGACACCUGGACUUGUUCCUCCGCUUCCUCUUCGGUCUUUCGCUGCAGACCAAUCAGAAACACUUACAAGGUUUAGUGGCACAGACAGGAAGUAAUUUACAGACCAAUAAGGAAACAGUCCAGUACAUUGAGAAGAAGAUUGAAAAGACUCCAUCUGCAGAGAAGAGCAUCAACCUGUUCCACUGUCUGAAUGAACUGAAUGACCGUUCUCUAGUGGAGGGGAUCCAACAGUCCCUGAGAUCAGGGAGGCUCUCCACAGAUAAUCUUUCUCCUGCUCAGUGGUCAGCUCUGGUCUUCAUAUUACUGUCGUCAGAAACAGAUCUGGAUGUGUUUGACCUGAAGAAAUACUGUGCUUCAGAGGAGGCUCUUCUGAGGCUGCUGCCAGUGGUCAAAGCCUCCAACAAAGCCCUACUGAGUGAUUGUAACCUCUCAGAGAGAAGCUGCAAAGCUCUGUCCUCAGUCCUCAGUUCCCAGUCCUCUUGUCUUAGAGAGCUGGACCUGAGUAACAACAAUCUGAAGGAUUCAGGAGUGAAGCUGUUGUCUGCUGGAUUCAAGACUCCACACGGUACUCUGGAAACUCUCAGUCUGUCAGGCUGUCUGGUUACAGAGGAAGGCUGUGCUUUUCUGGUCUCAGCUCUGACCUCUAACCCUUGCCAUCUGAGAGAGCUGGACCUGAGCUACAAUCAUCUAGGAGACUCGGGAGUGAAGUUACUGUCUGCUGGACUGGACUGGCUGGACACUCUCAGGGUGGAGCCUCGUGGAGUCCGAUGGUUGAGACCAGGGCUGAGGAAAUAUUCCUGUGAACUCACACUUGACACGAACACUUUGAACAGACACCUCAAACUGUCGGACAACAACAGGACGGUAACAAGUGUGGAGGAGGUCCAGUCAUAUUCUUAUCAUCCAGACAGAUUUGACUGGUGGGAGCAGGUGCUGUGUAGAACUGGUCUGACUGGUCGCUGUUACUGGGAGGUGGAGUGGAGAGGAGGAGUUUAUAUAUCAGUGAGUUAUAAAGGAAUCAGCAGGAAGGGAGACGGUGAAGACUGUGAGUUUGGAGGGAAUGAAAAGUCUUGGAGUCUGAGCUGUUCUGGUGUUUGUUACUCUGUCUGUCACAAUAACAGAGAAACAAAACUCUCCUCGUCCUUCUUCUCCCCCUUCUCCUCCUCCUCUGUCUUCAACAGAGUGGCAGUGUAUGUGGACUGUCCCGCUGGCACUCUGUCCUUCUACAGUGUCUCUUCUGGCACUCUGAUCCACCACCACACCUUUAACACCACAAUCACUGAACCGCUGUAUCCUGGCUUUGGGUUUGGGUUCUGGUCUGGUUCCUCAGUGUCUCUGUGUUCCCUUGUAGGUCUGAGAGACUCCUCCUACUAGAGGAACCAUCUCACUGCUGAACACAUCAGUUGAGUUUGUACAGCUAAUAUACAUUAAGUCCCACCAUGUUUCCUAGGUUAGAUUCUGGUGGGGGACCUGUCUCAGUGCCCAUGUUUCCUAGGUUAGAUUCUGGUGGGGGACCUGUCUCAGUGCCCAUGUUUCCUAGGUUAGAUUCUGGUGGGGGACCUGUUC